AUGAAGUUCGGCGAGCAGCUGGUCAGCCAUCUGACGCCGGAAUGGCGGAAGCAGUAUAUCGAAUAUGAGCGCCUAAAGGAUAUGCUCUAUCAAUUCAUGAUGGAGAUGCCCACAGAUGAUGAAAGCCGUGAAGCAUAUAUGUCACAAAUAGAUGAGAAAUUUUUCAACGAAUGCGAGAAGGAGCUAACCAAAAUCAACCUAUUCUUCUCCCAGAAAAUUGCUGAAGCCCAAGGAAAGAUUCAUGAGCUCCAAAGUGAGCUUAACCAAUUCAAAGAAAUGGGCGGAAGUGGCGACCUAAAAAGCGGAAUAAGGAAUCGAUUGACUGGAGAUAAAUUGCAAAAAGAACGAGCGAAAACAGGGCAACAACUCAAGCUAGCCUUUUCUGAAUUCUACUUGAGUCUGGUGCUCGUCCAGAACUAUCAACAAUUAAAUGCCACCGGCUUCCGCAAAAUUCUAAAGAAGCACGAUAAGCUGACGAUGAACGAGGCUGGACUGCAAUGGCGCAUCAACAAGGUCGAGAAGAGCGGUUUCUUCUUAAACCGUGAGAUCGAGACCUUGAUCAAUUCUGUCGAGACAAAUGUAAUCAACGAUUUGGAAGGUGGUGAUCGUCAGGCUGGAAUGAAAAGGUUGAAAGUGCCCCCGCUGUCAGAGAAGCAGUCUUCAUCGACUACCUUUUCACUUGGAUUAUUCAUGGGAGCAGCAACUAUCCUGAUUAUUGGGAUUAUAUUGUCUCUAGCGGCUUCACCACCUAGAGACAAUGAACCUAAAUGGGUGGCGGUCCGUCUAUUCCGAGGUCCACUGCUGCUAUUCAUUCUGAUCUUUCUUUGCGGUGUCAAUAUGUAUGGUUGGGCAAAAGCGGGAGUCAACCAUGUACUAAUCUUUGAAGUUGAUCCCCGACACCAUUUAACAUAUCAAGAUUUGAUGCAAAUUGCUGCUUUCAUGAUGGUCCUUUGGGCAAGCGCGGCUCUAGCGUACAUCUACGCUCAUCUAUUGAGAAUUCCACCAUUCCUACCCCCGCUAGUAUUGAUGUCCAUCAUUUGCGUGAUGAUGUUCAACCCGUUCAGCAAGCCAGAUUCUGUAUUCCACCGUAACAGUCGAUUCUGGCUGCUUCGCCAUUGCUUCAACUGUUUCUCAGCACCCUUCCACUUCGUGACAUUCACCGAUUUCUGGCUGGGAGAUCAGAUGAAUUCUUUGACAACCGCUUUUCAAGACUUCCAAUACUUUAUCUGCUUCUAUACCACUGAAGUGGAUUAUUCUAACGGUUGGAUGGACGUGAGAACAGUGAACGCCACAACGGGAGCUGCAAUUCCUUGGGGGUAUGUCGAUGCGGGCACAGGGAAGGACAUGUGCAUGUCGGCAUCAGGUAUUCGGUCCCUGGUGGCUAUUAUCCCUGCCACGGUGCGUUUUAUGCAAUGUCUACGCCGUUAUCGAGACACAAAGCACGUUCACCCCCAUUUGGUCAACGCGGGCAAAUACGCAACCACAUAUCUAACAGUGGCCUGCGGAGCCUUGAAUAAAUGGGCAGAGAAGUCAAAUCCCAAUGAAACGAGCAUCUUCUUCUAUAUCUGGAUUGCCUCAUACAUCUUCUCAUUCACCUAUACAUUCCUUUGGGAUGUGUUUAUGGAUUGGGGUCUGAUCGAUCCUCGAGCCCCAAAAGAGGCUCCAUUGCUGCGUGAAGAAAUGAUCUAUGGAUCGAAAUGGUAUUACUAUCUCGCCAUUCUCCAAGAUUUCGUGCUUCGUCUUUCUUGGGUGCUCAAUGUAUCAUUGGGCGAAGCGUGGACACUGGAGACCGACUUGCUGAUGUGCAUCACCGCUCCACUCGAAAUAUUCCGGCGAUUCGUGUGGAAUUAUUUGCGAUUGGAAAACGAGCACGUGAAUAAUUGCGGUCAAUUCCGAGCCGUGCGUGAUAUUUCGGUGAAGCCGAUUCGAAAAGGAGACCUCGAAUCGCUGUUGAACAAGAUGGACCAAGUUGAUGGGGUCACUCAUCGCGGCCACGACCUCAUCGAGCGGGUCAAGAAGCAAAAGAAAGCCGCUAAAGGCUCUCGCCAGCUGCUUAAAAAGACACGUUUCACGCGGUUGGUGGCACCUCAGGUUGUCGGUAUUCAAGAAACUAGGCAU